CGUACGUGCGCCAACCGCAGGAGGAGUACCCACGUGACGAUCCCUACGCCCCGCAACAACAACAACAACAACAACAACCAGGGAUGCCGUAUUCCCCACAGCAACCAGGGAUGCCGUAUCCCCCACAGCAACCAGGGAUGCCGUACAGUCAACAGCAACCAGGGAUGCCGUACAGUCAACAGCCUGGUGUACAGUAUGCCCCCCAACAACCCGGCAUGCAACAGAUAGUGAUUGUGCAGUCGUCACCCCCGCCGACCUACAUGGUCUGGUCCAUCCUCAACUGUUUGUGCUGCUGCUGCCCGCUAGGUAUCGCUGCGAUCUGUUACUCGAACAAGGUGUCAGAGAAGGCAGCCAACAACGACCAGGUCGGAGCGCUAGAGGCGUCACAGACGGCCCGUAAAAUCAACAUCGCCGCCACCGUCAUCGGCAUCAUCGGCGUCAUCAUCACCAUCGUCAUCCUGAUCAUCUACUUCGUCGUCCUCGGGAAGGCCGUAUCUGACAUCUUAGAAGAAGAGAACAUUCAGUUCAACUAGUUAGUUACAACUAUGGUUACACCGUAGUGGCACCGCGUGGUCUAUAGCCGUCGCGUGGAACCAUGGAAAUAAUAAUGCUAAUGUCUCUUUACGUUUCUAUGUGUGGAACUAUCGAAAUAAUAUACUAGUUAGUGUCACUAUACAUUUUUAUGCGUGGAACUAUAGAAAUAACGUACCAGUGUCUCUAUAUAUUUCUAUGCGUAAAACUAUAGAAAUAAUAUACUAGUGUUUCUAUAUAUUUCUAUGCGUAAAACUAUAGAAAUAAUAUACUAGUGUUUUUCAUAUAUAUUUCUAUGCGUGGAACUAUAGAAAUAAUAUACUAGUGUCUCUAUCUAUAUCUAUGCGUGAAACUAUAGUUAUCGUUUACUGUAGAGCUGUUGUCGAUCUUGGCAAUCAUUGACUGUAGUUCCACUACUCUAUAGCUCUCUGUAAGCAGUUACAUGAGUUAAAAUCAAGCUAGUGGUGCCUUAAUUAUAGGUUAAUUACACACUCCUCAUUGAUUUGUCAUUGAUUUUUAUGCCAAAAAUACUCUAUUUUUUAAAUGCUCAACGUAGAGGUGCUGCCCAGAUCACACGUGAAGAUAGACUUCCAGAGCUUCUCUCUGGUGUCUAACCUUCCUUAUGAUUUAUAAUACCCCCCCCCCACCCCUGAACCCGCUAUCAACGCUACUGCGACUGCCUAACUUAUGUUUGCUCACAGUACAUCCACUGCCAUCUAGCGGACGCUAUAAUUACCAUGUUUCCGCCAUAGUAUACAUACGCUCACGCACGCACGCACGCAUGCACACAUACACACAAACAAACACAGACACAUACACAUUAACGUGUGCAUACGCACGCACACGUACACGCGCGCACAGCACGCGUGUAAACACACAAGUAAUAAAUACAAAGUGACACAGAAGUGAUUUUAUCCACUAUUAAUUAUGUUAUUAGUAUACGAAUAGUUAUUAUUAUACGUAGAUAAAUAGAUAGCUUAAAUUUUAAAUGCUGCCGUUCGACUGUAUACCCGUUUUAUAUCGUUUUGUAUGCCUCAUUUAGAAAAUGUUAUUGCGACAAAAUUGCGGCAAUGAUGAAUCAUCAUUAUUCACCCCUGGUAUUACUAAUUAAGUAAUCGCAUGACUUUUAUAUAUUUUAUUGACUUUUAAAUAACAAUUUCCAGUAGACCUUCACAUCCGAUGCCUACUAUUUGAUACAAUACACGUUUUGUAAGAUUGUGUUCCUACGUGCGCGUAUACAACUUAAUUAACGUGUACCGUGUGCAGUGCUGUAUGUAUAUUUCUAUAUAGAUAUGUUUAUUGCCACCGUUAUUAUAUAUUAUAAUGCGUUUUUUUAGCUUUAUAGAGGUUGCCUUAUAGUGGUGUGUCAGUUUUCCCCGUGUGCUGGCGCGAUCAUGAUUCUGCUGUUAGUUGUGGCGGAUGAUGAUAUCUUAUAUCUGAUGCAAAUAAAUCAUAACUUUUACCUUACUGA